AUGCCUUGGUACUCGCCGUGGUCAGAUCACAUUGCAAAAAGUGUCUGCAAAUAUCUUUUACAAAGAUAUUUGGGACAAUUUCUGGAAGAAAAAUUGACAUUAGAUCAAUUAACUGUGGAUUUAUACAAAGGGAUUGGAAUUAUAUCUGAUGUUGUCUUGGACGUACAGGCAUUAAAUGAAGUGGCAGAACAACAGAAUAUUCCAUUUGAGUUUAUUGAUGGCUUCAUUGAAAAAAUGUCAGUGUCAGUACCUUGGUCUUCCAUCCUCACUGAUGCCACUAACAUUGAAGUUGAAGGUUUAUCCUUGACCAUUAAAAAUGUGGAAAGAGAUAAAACUAGGGUGUCUAUGAUUGAAUCAAUGUGGAGUAGUAUGACUACUAGCUUGCAAUUAGCUGAAGAUUGCAUGAAAAAAGAAAGAGAUAUAUCUAGUGAUAGUGGAAAUCAAGCUUUUGAAGGAAUUGAAAGUUUUGCUCAUACAAUAGAUUCAAUAUUAAGUCGAAUCAGAGUAAAAUUUUUUAAAACCGUUAUUAGGCUGGAAGAAGUUCCUGAAAACUUUCCAGUAGGAAUUGCUUUUGAAAUUAACAUUCAAUUAAUGGAAUAUUUCGAUGAAGCAGCUGCCGAAGAAACUGAAAACAUUAAACAUGAUUUUCAAAUGUCUGCUUUUUCUACAAAGAAAAUUUAUCUAGAAGGUGUUUCAUUAUAUUCAGAUGAAUUUUCCAUUUUCCCUUCGACUGAUAUUAUUAAAUCAACAAUGUCUGAUGAUGUUGAUAAGUACACCGAUGCUCAAUCAGAACCCUCCCAACAAUCUGUUAUGAAUAUACUUAUUGGGAAAUUGGCUGGCAGGCAAGAAAUAACGAUAAGAUUUAAAAAGGAAGGAAUUGAAGGUCCAAAAAUUGAUUUGCAAAUCACUUUAGGUGCUUUAACAUUUUUUUUAAGUCCUCAUCAAGCUUAUUGUUUAAUGAUUCUUAUAAGUGGAGUCACAUCUUCGGCACAAAAAUCAAGGAGAAAUGUUAAAAAUGAGUGUCGUCAAAAACUAAUGAAAGAAUCUGAUUUUACUAAAAUAGAACAAGAACUUCAAUUAGGUUUAAAUCAAGUAUUGGAAAAUCAAUCGAAAGCAUUAAAUAAUCAGGGUUGGGUCAAUACUUGUUUAGAUCACAGUGAAGAAGACGAUUUUGUUCCUCUUCAUCUUUCUUACGGUUUAAAUGAUAGUGUCAUGUCUUCUACUAAUAGUAUGUGCAGUUCUGCUACUUCAUUAACCAGUGCAUCUUCUUAUCAACAAAAAAUCCCUUCGACACGGGCAAAAAAAGGAUCUUUUUCAGGCAAUGAGGACCUAGAUUCAAAUUCUAUAGUUUUUCAUUUUCACAUAUUAUUAAGCAGUGUAGCCGUUAUACUUCUUCACGAAGAUGUAUUGACUCUGACAACAGAAUCUCAUGGUGGUGGCACAAUAUCUAAUUCAUCGUAUGAAGAAAUGAAAAAUUUGUCAAAUGAAUUUUUCGAAAAGUUAAAACAUUUUGUCGGUUCGGGUUACGGAAAUAAAGAUUUUCAAAAAGCUAGAAAAAUUUUUUUAGAUGUUUGCGAUCUUAAUCACAUUAGGUUUUUAGCAGCCCCAAUAAUUAUAGAAGGAAGCGAAACAUCAUCCACACAAAAAUCCGUUAUUCAAGGUCAAUGUACAGCAUGUAGUUUAGAAAUAUUAGAAUGUUUAAUUGAAAAAAAGAUGGAAGGGGAAAAAAGUGUGCAAUACGUCGAAAACCGAAAGAACUUAUUAAAAUUUAAAAAUUCCGAUAAUGAAUCUUCGCAGUCGUUCACACAACAGCCAAACGUGACGAUUAAUUUUAAAUUAUUCGAAAGUGAUUCUUCUUCUUCUGGUAAAAAGGGUAGAAAAUACAUCAGACCUAAAUCGGAAUUUGCAUUUGAUUUUCAACCGUUUGAAACUGAAAUUGACAUCACGAUUGUUGAUAGAAUAGUAGCAAUUAUAAAUCCCGAAUUAUUUUUUAACGGAAAAAUUAGCGAAACCGUUUUACCUUCAUCUUCAAAUUUGGUAAAAAAAAUUAACCUAAUUGAUAGCAUUUCAUAUCCCGAUGGAAAACAAUCUAUUAAAAUCACUUCUUCUUUUGUUACAUUUAAAAUAAGAUUUCCCAUUCCAGAUCUUAGACCCAUUCACGACAUGGAUAAACCUCCUUGGUGGAAAAGAUCCGUUAGAAAAGAUAUUAUAUAUUUGGACGUGAAUGAUAUAACGGUUCGAACCGUCAUCACACCUCUGGAACCUUUUUUCAAAUACGAAAUUGAAUUUAGAGAUUUCAUUGCUAAAUUUAAGGAAUCCGAUGGAGAUAAACCAGUCGAAUUUGCCAAAGCUUCCGUUGUUUCUAAUAAUAACUCUUACGAACGUGGCGAAGAUGGAUUCGAUUGGCCCAGACUUACGAUAUUCAUAUACCCGAAAAUGAGUUCAAAUCAUUUAGAUGAUGGCGACGUUCCCGUCAGUCAAUACAAAUCGUCCAGUCACAAUUUAGGUCAAUCCUUAGUUUCGACUUUGGAGAACACGACGAAAAAAGAAAGUUCUCCAUUCAGUUGUAAAAAAGUAGUGCACGAAAGCGAUACGCCACACUCGAAGAAAGAAUCAUCAUCGUUUGGAGAAAAAGAUGGCGAAGAACUUGUAAUACCCGGUGACAAUACUGAAAUGUCGGAAUUUAUGGAUUUCGCAUCCGUUAACACGAGAGUUAAGAUUGAUGUGAUGUUGCCGACAGCUUCCCUUGUUUUUCUAUCCAAACACAUGUACGAAGUUAUUUACAAUCGAAUUUCAAAUGAUUUGUUGUUGUGGGAAUCGUCUGCUCCUGUGCAAAAUAAUUUUUUCAGUAAUUCAAAAUCGAAAUUUCAAUCAGGUUCAGAAGGUGAUAAUAAUUUUGCACCGACUUUUAGCCUCUGUAAAUCUGCCGCACAAUGCGAAUCCGAUUCGGAUUCGGAAUCUCAGGAUGGUAUUUUUUAUUCGGUUUACGAACAAAAACAAAGACACAAAAAAAAACAGUUGUUGGAAAACAAUAGUUUGACGGGUCAAAGCAAAGUCGUUUUAAAAUUAAACAUUAAUCAAGGAUUGUUUAGUGUUUAUGCUCCCGUUAGGGAUUCCCUGGGUAACGUCAUUCCAAGACAAAACGGACAUUUGUAUAUUUCUUUCGAAGAGGGAAAUUUAUUUUUAGUUUCCGGGUUCAAAGGAAAAACGGAUUUGGAUUAUUUUUGCGUUCAAGUGACUCAUUUUUCUUUUCAUCACAAUGGUUCGAUUAACGACGCAGUCGAACAACCUGUUCUCUAUACGUUCGAUAAUCCAACGCCCAGCCAUUUGGAAUUGACCGUUAAAAAAACGGAAAAAUGUGCCUUAAUUAAUGAAUCGGCUUUCGUCGGGUCAGGCUCAUCGAAAAGUUGUAACAUGUUAACAGUUGCCGUUCGCGUACAAAAAAAUAUAUCGCAGGGAUUGAAGAUGUUUCUCGUCGCCAUUGGAAUCAGAGAAGCAACACUAAUUCAUAAAGUCUGCAGCGAACAAAAUAGUUGGUUUACUCAAUUAAUUGAUUUUUUCGACGUGACCGACUAUCCGAUUGCGGGUUACGACCCAAACACGGUUUUGUCAGAGAUAAACGUACAUUUAUGGAAUUGCAGCGUUGAUUACAGGCCUUUGUACCUUCCUUUGCGAUCCGUGCUCACAAUCGGAAAUUUUAACAUUUCAAGUAACAUAGCUGCUCAAAGUUCUUCGACGCUGCGAUUUAUAGCAGAAGAUGCGGCUUUUUUCAUAUCCGAUAAAACUGGCGUACGUUUCGCUGAUUCUCCUGCGGAUUUAAAAAACGAUUACAUUUGCGUCAUAGAAUUAGGAUUGUUUGAAUUGUCAUUGAGAUUGAGUGAAAAAAGUCAAACGAAUCCGAAAAUAGAUUUGAGGGCAUCGGGAAACGUUGCACACAUUUGGACUUGUUCGGAUUCUGCAAAAGCGUUAGCGGAUUUAUUAAUGUAUUUUGCGUCGGACGGCGAUAUUAAUUUUAACGAAUCGAACAGAGAAGAAUCGGGAAAAGUUAACACUACGGUAAAAUCCGAUGCGGAAGAACAAAUACUGAUUAAAACGGAAGACGGCGAUAAUUUACACAGUUUGUCUAAAUCACAAGUGGCCUUAGUCAACGAUUUAAUCGAAGAAGCCAUGAAAGAAUCUAAAAUAGCCGAGGGAAAUAAUAAGAAAGGAAGUGGCGGUAAAGAAGACUCGAGCAGGGCGAAUCGUUUGAAAACGACAAACGAGGACGAAGAAGACAAAGUUUUUAGUUUGGGUUCCGAGUCUAACGAUUUGAGUAAUUCGAAUUACGAAGAUAAGGAUGAUGGUUGGGAAAAGGAAUUUUACAUCGUGCAAAAUGAAGCCGGAAUGGGAAUGAUGCCGAAGAAAGGUUUGCCAGAGGUUAGAAAUCUUACCAAAACUCCAAUUCGACUUGUGGAUAACCACUUUUCAAUACCUUUGGAAAAAGCCGAUUUACUACGAUCGCCAAAACAUUAUCCAAAGCCCGAUUUGCGUUACAUGCUGAGAGAAAUGUCAUUGAUAUGGCACAUUUACGGAGGAUGUGAUUUUGAUACCAAUUCAACAAAUUCGAAAAAUAAAAUUGAUUCUAAUCAAAAAUUAGGGGAUCAUUUGAAUUGGAGGCAAAAAGGGGGAACGAAUAGACGCCAUGAUAUUUUAAUGGAACUUCAAUUGAAUAAAGUGAGAUUUCAACACGAAGUUUACCCGGAAAAUACAACAGAAGCUUCCCGGCAAGUUUUAUUAGUACAAGAUGUGGAAUUGAGGGAUAGACUCGCGACGAGUACAAUAAAUAAAUUUCUUUAUCAAUAUUCGAGCGAAGCUAAACCUAAACAAUCUCAGGCACCCAUGGUUGUCGUUAAAUCCGUACUAAUGAGAUCGGAUCCGAAAAUAAACGUUCAAGAAUGUUGUUUGAAAGUUUCGUUACUUCCGUUACGAUUAAACAUCGAUCAGGAUUCCAUAUUGUUUUUGUUUAAAUUUUUUAGCGAAUUAUCCGGUGACAAUAAAGAAGAUGAAGAAGACUGCAGUUCGAGAACUCAAACGCCAAAGCAUCAAGUGCCAGUUAUGACGGUUAACGUAAAAGGAAAUUCUCAAGUUUCUCACUCGGAACCUCAACAUUUGCUUAUUGAUCUUGAAGAAGAAAGUCAAAAAAAAAUAAUGUCAAAUUCAAAGAACAAAAGGAAAAAAUUCAUUCCGAAAAACAAACCCCCCUCUCAACCUAUAUUUAUUAGGUGUUUCAUAUUCAGUCCGGAAGUUCCGGUUAAAUUGGAUUAUCACGGGAAGCGAGUUGACAUGUCACACGGGUCAUUGGCUGGCAUACUUAUGGGUCUCGGACAAUUAAAUAAUUCCGAGCUAAGGUUAAGAAAAAUAUCUCACAGGCACGGCCUUUUAGGUUUUGAUAAAUUAUUAAAUUUCGUAUUGUUGGAGUGGGCCAACGAUAUAAAAAAAAAUCAAUUGCCCAGUUUGCUCGGCGGUGUGGGUCCAAUGCAUUCUCUUGUUCAACUAAUUCAAGGAAUUCGAGAUUUGCUGUGGUUACCCAUUGAACAAUAUCAAAAAGACGGGCGUUUAAUGAGGGGAUUUCAAAGAGGAGCCAAUUCUUUCACGACUUCGACCGCAAUGGCGUCACUGGAAUUAAUUAGUCGAUUAAUACAAAUUAUACAAACGACGGCAGAAACGGCUUACGACAUGGUAUCUCCCGGGCCCAGCGUCAAAACGAACAGGCAAAAGGGUAAAGGAAAAACGAAACGGUAUUCUCAACCUGCGGAUAUAAGGGAAGGAAUGGCGAUAGCGUAUUUGGUCGUGAAAGAGGGCAUUGGAGAAACAGCGAAAACCAUUGUAAGAGUUGCCAGUGAGGAACACGAACAAAAAGGUGUUACAGGUGCUGUGGGAGGAGUGCUCCGACAGAUACCUCCAACGGUCGUCAAACCAAUCAUUCUUGCCACAGAAGCUACAAAUAAUGUAAUUGGAGGCGUGAGAAGUCAAUUGGUGCCGGAUGCCAGGAAAGAAGCCGUAGAAAAAUGGAGAAGAAUGGAUUUAUGA